AUGAUAAUCACGAAGUUAGUCUGGGUCGCCUUGCUGUCGGCUCUGGCUCUAGGGAGCAUCGACAGACAACGAAUAGUCUCCCAAUUCAACGUCGUUCGAACGGGCUUGAUUGACAAUGAGACUACGCCAUUGCAGGUCGGCAAUGGUAACUUUGCUUUCAAUGUCGACAACACGGGCUUGCAGACGUUCCUGCCCUUUAACACUCUGUCAAGUUGGGCAUGGCAUAACGAUUCGUUGCCCACGAAUGGCGAGAAGCUGAGCGACUACACCGGCGUGCCCCGACUGACCCACGGACGAAACGUCUCAUACGACAUCCCCGAUCCCAAUCUUCCCGCAGUAUCUCAAUGGCUCAUAGGCAACCCUAACCGCAUCAACCUGGGGCGUAUUGGUCUGAAGUACAAAGGAGCGACUCUUUCAGCGGAGAAAGUCACCGAUCCGAGGCAGGAGCUAGAGCUAUGGAGUGGAACCAUCACGUCUACAUUCAGAGUAGACGGCGAGACAGUGAAGGUGAUCACACAGGGCGACUUUGACACUGAUGCUGUAAUGUUCCAAAUUGAUUCGAAACUUGUGGCAGCAGGCGAUCUACAAGUUGAACUUGACUUCCCCUACCCGCCAAUCCACUCGACCAAGUACAAAUACGAGGUUUUCGCCGGAGUCUACGACUUCCCGCUGAACCACACCACUCGCAUUGUGAACAGCUGUGGAAGGCCUGACUUGGCACACAUCUACCACGAGCUACAAGAGACCAGCUACUAUGUCAAUCUGCGCUGGCCUUCUAACUCUUCACUCCACUUGUCGAGGGACGAGCCAGAAGGUUCUGAAAAGAUCACUGCCCAUCGAUACACCUUGGCGUCUAACAGCUCGGCGAGCUCGGUUCUCUUUACUGCGCACUUUUCGCCAGAUCGUCAAGAUCCCGACAUCCCCUCGACAGUGGAGGAGCGAAACGUAAUUGGUUGGCACGAGUAUUGGAGUGAGGGCGGCUUUGUUGACCUCACUCUUUCGUCGAACCCUAAUGCUACAGAGCUGCAAAGACGCAUUAUCUUAUCACAGUAUCACGUCCGCGUCAACAGCGCAGCUUCAGGACAGUCACCCCAGGAGAGUGGGCUGAUGAAUAAUGGGUGGUAUGGAAAGUUUCAUAUGGAAAUGGUUGUAUGGCACAAUGCGCAUUGGGUGACAUGGGGUCGGAAGAAGUACUUCGACAACAUCUUUCCACAGCUUUAUGAGACGCUUUUGCCCUCUUCUGUUGCGAGGGCUAAAGCCAUGGGAUGGGAAGGAGCCAGGUGGCCAAAAAUGACGGAGCUCGAGACUGGCGUUAGCUCGCCAGGUGGGAUUAAUGGCUUGCUACUUUGGCAGCAACCCCAUACUAUGUAUUUGGCAGAGUUAGCAUACCAGUCCUCGCCAACGGAUGAAACACUGAAGCGAUGGGACGAGGUGGUCACGGCUGCCGCUGACUACAUGGCGUCAUACGCAUGGUUCAACGAGACAUCAGGUCACUACGACCUGGGACCACCCUCGUACGGCGUGACAGAAAACACUCCUCCCGCAGAGACUCUCAAUUUGGCUUACGAGAUCGCAUACUGGAGAUACGGUAUCGACACAGCCCGAGAAUGGAAGAAAAGACUUGGCCAAAAUGUCCCGGAUAAAUGGACCACUGUCGCAGAGAAGCUCGCCACUCCGCCUCAGAUCGACGGGCUCUACGCCGUCUACGAAGGCCUCAACAGCUCUUGGUGGGAUGAUCCCGCUCUCAACGGCGACCCGCGCAGCCUCAUCAUGAUGCAGGGCGUGCUGCCGGACACGCCUGCUGUGGAUCCCGAGGUGGCUCUGAGAACGGCGGAUAAGGUGUGGGAAGUGUGGACAGACCAGAAGAUUCGAGGAUGGGGACGACCUGUGUUGGCGAUCAACUCUGCACGGAUCGGAAACCCGGAACGUGCUGUUUAUCACUUGACAGCGUACAGCUAUUGGACUUUCGAUGAUGCUGGAUUUGCUGUCCGCGGGGGAGACGGCGGCACACCUCCACCCUUUAUGCCGGGCAAUGCUGGCUUCCUGUAUGCUGUCGCGUACAUGGUUGCUGGAUGGCAGGGUUCCGAAGGCGAUGCGCCCGGCUUCCCCAAAGACGGCGGGUGGAUUGUGGAGCAUGAAGGGCUUCAGAAGGCACCUUGA